GCGAUCACUCGGCGCCCGUGACGCCAGCGCGCACGGUGGGAGCUGCCCCGCGAUAAACGCUUCCAAUCCCGGCGGCGAUGACUUCGACCGGUCCCGCGCGGUCCCCGACCGGCGCUGUCCCGUGCUCUCCGCGCUGGCGCUCCUGCCAGGAAUGGUCUCUCGGAUAACGGAGCCACGAACGACGACUGCCUGACAAUGGGUAGUGACGGGACCGCGAUGACCCCCUGAAAGUACCCCGAGAAGUUGUGCCCCGUUCGUUGGGCGGUGUCUUGUUUUUUGGUUCGCGCACGCGGUUGUGGUAUGGCGGCGAACACCUCGGCCGUCAGCCUGGAGUCGCUGUUCCUCCAGCUGCUGGGCCGGCUGGACUCGGCGGGACGCUGCACGUCGUCGUCGACGACGACGUCUUCCUGCCGGCGUCGUUCGCUGCGUUCCGAGAUCCGCAGCCUGGAGCUCUGGCGCGCGGUGAUCGGCGAGUGCCUGGCCACCUUCUUCUACGUGUUCCUGGUGUGCGGCGCGCACGUGUCCUGGCCCGGUUACGCCGAGCCCUCGGUGCUGGCCAUCGCGCUCACGUCCGGAGCGGCGGCCGCGACGCUGGUGCAGUGCUACGGCCACAUAUCGGGCGCCCACAUGAACCCCGCCGUGACGCUGGCGACGUUCGCGACGCGAAAAGUGAGCCCCAUACGGACGAUCCUCUACGUGUCGGCGCAGUGUGGAGGUGCUAUCGCGGGAGCUGCGCUUCUGUACGGCGUGUCGGUGCCAGGCCACCAGAGCUCUCUGGGCAGCAACCGGCCCCACGAGGCUUUAGGCGCCUGGCAGGCGUUCGGCGUCGAAUUCGUGCUCAGCUUCCUGCUGUCCUCUACAGUGUUCGCCACCAGGGACCCUCACCGUAGCCACCUGAGUGCCGGCUCGGACGCCGUGGUCAUCGGGUUCGCAUACCUCGCCUGCACUCUGGCCGGGCUGCCAGCGACUGGAGCGUCGAUGAACCCGGCGAGGUCGUUGGGACCGGCUUUUGUGAUGAACAAGUGGGUCGACCAUUGGGUGUACUGGUUCGGGCCGAUAUCAGGAGGCCUGCUGGCUGGUCUCAUCUACGAGUACAUCUUCGAAACCAAGAAGCAAGCGCGGGCGCUGAGGAAAACUCUCGAGGACGCUGACAAAGAGUCCAACACAGACGACGACUAUGAAGACCCUGACGCGAAGAUCGCGAAGUACGCGACCGUGGCCCAGAGUCCUCCCAAUGGGGCGGCGCCCUCCAGCGCCCACCAGGCUGCGCCAUUGCAGCUGGUGCAGCACCAGCAGCAAGGCCGGCCGCACCAGCACCAGCAGUACGAGGCGGCGGGCUUCGGCCGGCCUGUUGGAGGGAACACCUACUCGCCCACUCCGUCGUCCGCCUUCCAGGUGCCCACAGAGGCGGCGUACGCAGGAUCGCUGCGCUCCGCCAACUACGCGUCGUCCGUGUAUGGCGGCACCAGACUUGGAACUGCACUUCGGACACUUCCGGCCCGAUUGGAGUAUGGACAAGGACCCGGAUCUCCAAAAUUUUAGGGUGUACAUACAAUGCUGUAGAUGCGCACGAGUGGUUGCAGUGUUUUGUCAUUUUGCUCAGGUUACAAACGGAGCUCGCUGCAGGAACAACAAAAAGAAGCAUUCCUUGUUUACCACACAGUUCAUCUUGGUUUGCUUUUGUUUUCGUUACCUUCUCUCAACUGUCAUGUCAACAGUUGUAGCGUACCUUACUUUGUGUGUUCUGUGAUAGUGCAAUAAAAAAAAAUUGUCACAACAGGUUAUUGACAUGUACACAGUGUGUGCAUGAGGUUACACUUUUAACCUAAGUGGCCAAUCAAAAUAAUUUUUAUUUAAAUGUGAAAAAAAUUUGCAAGAUCAUAUGUAACAUAACAUGUUUUUUUGCUGAUGUGCACGAAGUGUUUUGUGAAUUGUCUCAAUCCUCUUUUUCUGUCUGUGUUUGUGAUGAAGCUGUCUCAUAAUAUGUUUUUGGGCAGUAUAGGAACACAUGCCCCUUGUAGUAUUUUUCUAUGAUUUUGAAUCAAAUACAACAAACACAAGUAGGAAAGGGCCUACAUCCAUGGAUUAGGUCGCACUUCAUCAUACAGGCAGAUCCCGACUCAGUAUUUAAUUUUUUUUUCAUCCUAACACAAGCUGAAACAUGGCAACUCUGAGACU